UUUAGUAACUCUUUUAUGAUUCCUUCCACCGCUAGCUAGUUGUUUUCUCUCUUUCUCUCUCCCCCUACCUUUAUUCAACAAUGGUGGUUGAAAUCAUUGAUCUUUCAGACUCCCCUCCCUCGUCACCUAGGUCAUCUAACAAUGCAACAACAAGACUUAUCAAUUUUAAUUCUGUUUCUGUUGAAAAAGAACAAUUUGAGAAAUUUCCGAUACCCUUAAUGGGUUGCACAAAUCCCAACUUGUACCAUACCGACCAGCCACAGACUAGUCUAUGGCCAAUUGCAAAAUAUACUUGUGAGCCCUCUGAAGUUGCUACUUUUCAACCCAACAUGCCAAGGGCUGCUACAAUACUUGAACCAACACCUACAUCGAACACUUACCUGUCCCCUGGUGGAGCUGGAUUGAAGGAACCCUGGACUCACAAAGAGCACGAGUUAUUUAUGAGGGGACUAAUCAAGUAUGGAAAAGGGUCUUGGAGCCAAAUUGCUGAACACUUUGUGCAAAAUAAGACACCACAAGAAGUUGAGAGCUAUGCUGCAUGGUUCUUCAAGCAUCAACCAUCCACAGCUAGCCUCAUGUCCUUAAACAACAAUCUCAUGGCUGCAUCUGCAUCUGUCUCAGACUCUAUGUCCAUGGUUGUUAAUGAGCCACAACACACCCACAUGUUUUUCCCAGAGAAUGCUUCUUUCCUUCUGGCCCCAUCAUAUGGAGAAGCUAGUAGCAACACCAACACCAACACCGUCAUGCAUGGAUUCCCAAUGCAGACAAGUGGUGCAAACACUUCCAUGAAUGCUAGUGAUAAUGGAGAAGUUGAUUUGGAGUUGCGUUUGGGUUUAUGCCAGCCAGACUCAGAUAUGUUUAAUGCUUGCAUGGAUGACAAAUAUAUCUAGCUUGCUAGGUGUGAUUGUGUCUCACCCUUAAAUGCCUUUAUUUUAUGCUCUUUUUUUUUUGUUGGUUGGGAUGUUAUCGUUUAUUUAUGUUAUCAAAGUUAUGUUGAUGUUUGCUUGCA